GAAAACCUCCCCCUCCCAAAUCCCCGAACCUACCCCCGCACCGCACGCCAUUGCUCGUGCCCGCGUCGCGCAAGUCCAAAGCUCCCACGACUCCACCGCGACCCGGGGGGGAGGCAGAGGGAGGCGCCCGCCCACCAGAUCGGCCGGUGCGGAUGGCGGCGUCGACCUUUCCGGCGCUGCUCCUAGCGGCCAUGCUGCUGCUGAUGCCCGGGGCGGAGGCAGUGUGGCUCGAGCUGCCGCCGUCGGGGACCAAGUGCGUCUCCGAGGAGAUCCAGCCCAACGUCGUCGUGCUCGCCGACUAUGCGAUCAUGUACGAGUCCCACCCCACCUCGCACCCCACCGUCGCCGUCAAGGUUACCUCACCAUAUGGCAACACUGUACAUCACAAUGAAAAUGCCACAACGGGUCAGUUUGCAUUCACUACGUCAGAAGCUGGAAACUAUCUUGCAUGCUUCUGGAUAGACAGUGCGGAGAAAGGAUCAGGAACAUCUCUGAAUCUCGAUUGGAAGAUAGGCAUUGCAGCUAAGGACUGGGAUACAAUUGCUAAGAAGGAGAAAAUUGAGGGUGUAGAACUAGAGCUUAGGAAACUUGAGGCUGCAGUCGAGUCCAUCCAUCAUAAUUUGCUGUACCUCAAAGCAAGGGAAGCGGAGAUGCGGACAGUGAGCGAGAAAACAAAUUCUAGAGUUGCCUGGUUCAGCAUCUUAUCACUUGGAGUCUGCAUUGUGGUCUCUGUGCUGCAGCUGUGGCAUCUUCAAGGGUUCUUCCGGAAGAAGAAGCUCAUUUAGAUUCAUCUUCAGCUGUUUGAUAUGUGUACUACUUUCUUAACUACCAUAGGAAAAAGGACACUUUUACUAUUCAUUCCAAGGGACGCAUUUGAUGGACAAAACUGCUGGUCGAUCCAUGAUACAUGGUUUCAAUAGCUACCAACUGAUAUACUAUACGCAUUCUUGAAUUUUGAUUUCUUUGCCGUUGCUGAUGGCAACCA